UUUCAGAGUCUCCCAUCUCCUCGUGCACUCCAACCCUCCCUACUCUCCAGCAGUUGUUUUUGUCCAACUGGUGAAUUCUCAUUUGCACUGGACUCGUGUCAGAGGCUUUGAAAACCCUCCACAGCUGCUCCACACGCGGUUGGGUGCUGCCCCACCUCCCUCACCAGGUAAAAUCCCACGAACAUUUCACACCUCCACCUGCCUGCAUCAGGAGCUCCAACACCAACCUCCUCCCCAGCGAAGUGCUGUGAACCAGGGUCCUGACCCCCCAAAAACACCAACGAAACAAGUCGUGGAGACUCCAGUGGGGAAAAAGUCUGUGCGCCAAAAAAUAGUGGAUGAACUGAAACAUUAUUACAACGGGUUCCACUUGCUCUGGAUUGACACCAAGGUGGCUGCCAGGAUGGUGUGGAGGCUGCUACACGGUCAGGUCCUCACCAGGAGGGAGAGACGAAGGUUGCUGAGAACCUGCGCAGAUCUCUUCCGCCUGGUUCCUUUCCUGGUGUUUGUCAUUGUGCCCUUCAUGGAAUUUCUGUUACCUGUGUUCUUGAAACUCUUUCCUGAAAUGCUGCCCUCGACAUUUGAGACAGAGUCAAAAAAGGAAGAAAAACAGAAAAAGAAAUUAAAUGCAAAGCUGGAGUUAGCAAAGUUCCUGCAGGAAACCAUUGCAGAGAUGGCCAAAAGGAACAAAGCAGAUACAGGACAAGGAAAACAAUUCUCUUCCUAUGUGCACCAGAUUCAGCACACCGGCCAUCAGCCCAGUACCCAGGAGAUCGUCCGCUUCUCCAAGCUCUUUGAGGAUGAGCUGACCCUGGAACACUUGGAACGGCCGCAGUUGGUAGCUCUUUGCAAAUUGCUUGAGCUGCAGCCCAUUGGCACCAACAAUCUGCUCCGCUUUCAGCUUCUGCUGAGGCUCAGAACUAUCAAGGUGGAUGAUGAAAUGAUUGCCAAGGAGGGAGUCAAUGGCCUAAGUGUAUCUGAGCUGCAGAGUGCCUGCAGAGCCAGGGGAAUGCGGUCGUUGGGUCUCUCAGAGGAGCAGCUGAAGGAACAGCUCCGACAGUGGCUGGAUCUGCAUUUAAAAGAGAACGUCCCACCUUCUCUGCUCCUGCUUUCCCGUGCCUUGUACUUAAUAGAUGUAAAGCCACAAUCCAUUCCAGUUCCACAAAAUAAGACAGGUGAAGCUGCUGAAAUCAUGACACCCGUUCCUGAAGGUCGAGAGACCCUGGUGGAUCCUGCCCCUCUUGUACAGGGAAGAAAGAAUGAAGAAUUUGUAUCUCAGCCAACAGAGAAAUCACCAGUCUCAGAAGUGUCAGUUCAGCCUCCCCUACGAGAGACUAAAAUGGAAGCACCUCAGAGCAGCAAGGCCGGCGCCAACGGAGUCUAGCCUGAAACCAGCAAGGACCGUCCAACACUGGGAGAGGAAAGCUUUCAUCUCUGCACCUCCUGCAAAGGGAAGGGGGAUUCUCCAGGAGGCUGCUUUACACAAAAGGGUGUCAGUAGCCCUGAGG